AUGACACUGAUGGACCUAGCUACCAUGGGCUUUGAAACUACUCCAACGAUUGAGCAAGAAGAGACACUCCAAGGAGCUUCAUUCCUGAGAGCUGCGCAUGCAGUUUAUCGUUCAUGCGAUGACGCCAACAUUCCUCCACAUUCAUGUCUUUGCAUGGAUGAGAAGACUCUGCUGUCCGAGCAGUACACCAAUGACACUGCGGGGAUUUCCAUCAAGCUAUUCCAAAAUUAUGAAGCAGAAAUUCUCAAAAACGAAUGUCUCGAAAACGUCACUGAAGCUCCCGAACACCAUACACUCAACAUACUGUCACUUAAUGCGAUGGUCCAACAAGGAGUCAAAAAUGAAAACGAGGAAGGAAGCGGCGAC